AUGGUUCUUCUAGGUUCUUCAACAGCAUCUCCACACAGAGGGUUAAGUGGUCGUGCCAUCACAUGUUGGAUGUUCAGCCAGGAAGAGAACGAGAGAAUAGAAACAAUGAAGGCUAAGAAUUGGAGUUUUCCAGCCAUGAUAGGAGAUGAAUUGUGCCAAUUGGGAAGCGAAAAGUGUUGGAGUGAACAACCAAAACUUUCUUCUUCCCAAAUUAUUGAUCCAGAGGAGUGUGAGGAAUAG